AUGUCUCUAAUACUAAGAAAAGAUUUCUUCAAGUUAUUUGAAUAGUAAGAUAGCAAGAGAUUUUUAAAAGAAUCAAUUAGCUAAAGAAACCUAUGGUAGAUUAUUAUCUAGUUGUUAAAUCCUCAAGUGAUAUUUAAAUUAAUAACCUCAGGAUUUGAAUAUUAUUAAACACAUUUGCAAGAGAAAUAUAAAUGGAAAAUGUGA